AUGGAGCACACUUAUCAUGCUACGUUAUGCUACUUCCUGACGGGCCACUCACAAGAAGUUCACGAAGAAGUGGGUGUCCAUUUCACGAAGGAGGAAUGGGCUCUUCUGGAUUCCAGGCAAAGAACUCUGCAUGGAGAGGUCAUGAUGGAGACAUCAAGGAUCUUAGCCUGUCUCAGAGCUGAACAAGGGAUAAAGAGCUAUAAGGAGCCACAUCUGGCACCAGAGCCAACCAGCAAAAAUGAAAUGGCUGAAGAGACAUUUUGCAGUCAAUCGAAACUAACGAGAAAUGAGGGAAACCAUCUAAAAUACAGGGAAGAGAAAGCUUCUGCUCCUCCUGCUGUAAUCCAAAACUUACAAAUCCAGUCAGAUUCGAAAGGAGAAAGAACAGAAAAGUGUCAGUUCUGUGGGGAAAGAAUAAUGGAUAAAACAGAUUCGUGUAAACGUUGUGGCACCCAGAAUAAAAUGGCACAAAAUGGAGGCACAGGUUCCAGAAGGUAUGACAGUCGGCCCAACCCCAUGACUGUCACUUACUAUAUAGGAGAGAAACCGUAUCACUGCACGGAGUGCGGAAAGAGCUUCCGUCAGAACUAUCACCUCAGUUACCACAAACGAACCCCCACAGGGGAGAAACCCUAUAAAUGCAGUGAAUGUGGGAGAGGAUUCGCGCUCAGCGGUCCCAGAGCAAAGUGA